AUGGCAGGCGCUGGCCAGCGCAAAGGCAAGAAGGAUGACAAUGGCAUCGGCACGGCCAUUGACUUUGUGCUCUCCAAUGCCCGGCUGGUGCUGGGGGUGGGCGGAGCAGCCAUGCUGGGCAUCGCUACGCUGGCUGUGAAACGGAUGUACGACCGGGCCAUCAGUGCCCCGACCAGCCCCACCCGCCUGGGCCACUCGGGGAAGAGGAGCUGGGAAGAACCAAACUGGAUGGGCUCCCCCCGGCUGCUGAACAAGGACAUGAAGACGGGCCUGAGCCGGUCCCUGCAGACCCUCCCCACCGACUCCUCGGCCUUUGACACAGACACAUUCUGCCCACCCCAGCCCAAGCCACUGGCCAGGAAGGGCCAGGUGGACUUGAAGAAGUCACGACUCCGCAUGUCCCUGCAGGAGAAACUCCUUUCUUACUACCGGACCCGGGCUGCCAUCCCUGCCGGUGAGCAGGCUCGGGCCAAGCAGGCUGCGGUGGACAUAUGUGCUGAGCUCCGGGGCUUCCUGCGGGCCAAGCUGCCUGACAUGCCGCUCCGGGACAUGUACCUGAGCGGCAGCCUCUAUGACGACCUGCAGGUGGUGACAGCGGACCACAUCCAGCUCAUUGUGCCCCUUGUCCUGGAGCAGAACCUGUGGUCGUGCAUUCCCGGCGAGGACACCAUCAUGAAUGUCCCCGGCUUCUUCCUGGUUCGUCGUGAGAACCCCGAGUACUUUCCUCGCGGCAGUAGUUACUGGGACCGCUGUGUGGUAGGGGGCUACCUCUCCCCAAAGACGGUGGCGGACACCUUUGAGAAGGUGGUGGCCGGCUCCAUCAACUGGCCGGCCAUAGGGUCUCUCUUGGACUAUGUGAUCCGCCCGGCGCCCCCUCCAGAGGCCUUGACUCUGGAAGUGCAAUAUGAGCGUGACAAACAUCUUGUCAUUGACUUCUUGCCGUCAGUGACUCUCGGUGACACUGUCUUGGUGGCCAGGCCACACCGGCUAGCCCAGUAUGACAACCUGUGGCGGCUGAGCUUGCGUCCCGCUGAGACCGCGCGCCUGUGGGCUUUGGACCAGGCCGACUCGGGCUGCCGAUCUCUGUGCCUCAAGAUCCUCAAGGCCAUAUGCAAGUCCACGCCAGCUCUGGGCCCCCUCACUGCCAGCCAGCUCACCAACGUCAUCCUCCACUUGGCACAGGAGGAGGCUGACUGGUCUCCAGAUGUGCUGGCCGAUCGGUUCCUGCAGGCCUUGAGGGGACUCAUCAGGUACCUAGAGGCCGGAGUCCUGCCCAGUGCCCUAAACCCCAAGGUGAACUUAUUUGCUGAGCUCACCCCGGAAGAGAUAGACGAGUUGGGGUACACUCUCUAUUGCUCGCUGUCUGAGCCGGAGGUGCUGCUGCAGACGUAGGGCAGGCGAAGGCCGGUGGGUGUUGGGCAGUCAGGCCUGGAUUCUGUUAGGAACACUGGGCUCUAGAGAUGGUGCCUCACAGGGUCCUAGGUGCCUCCCGUCUUGCUGGUCAUCGCCCUGGUCACUUCACGCUGGUUAGAAUGACAUCUCUUAAAUCUCCUAUUUUCUCAAACCCGACCCUUUCUAUUUUUGUUACCAAACACUGUGCUCCCUCCUCCUCCUCCACUCCGUGCUCCGGGCUGAUUUUGCUGGAAUGAAUUGUCGAGGUGAAGCCCUGGCCCGAGCUAUGGGAACCACUCGGUGUUUUGCAUGUGGCCCAGGCUUUCCGCUCCCGUCUGUCCUGCCUCGCCCUUUGGCCUGCUUCUCUCCCGUCUUCUCUCCCUUUCCUGCUGUUCAUGCCCGUUUUGUUCCUUUCCCUGGAGCACACCUGCCAAUCAAGACGUUGCCUUUAGUUGAAUAUCACUGAGCUUAUGAUCGCAUGUUUCCAAGCUGACCUCUGCAGAGCGCUCAGGCAGUAUUUAGGGGUUCUGGGGUAAAGUGGCCGAAGAGCUGGCCGUUGAUUCAGGUUCCUGGGAAAGAGGCCCAUUCCCCCAACCUCCUGACCAGCUCGUAGCCAUAGUGUGAGAGGUCUCUCACGGGAACACUGUUACUGCCCACACAGGAUCGGGGGCUCAAGGUAAACUGAUGCAGUUAUUUGGAGAUUCUUAGGGGCCAUCAGUGAGCGUGCAGAGUGCGGGAACCGGAGGUGGCCUGGGAGAGGGUCUGUGUACUUGAUGUCUCCAGCUCCUGUGGCUGGUCCAGACCAGCACCACCUGUGUGGCGGAGGCAGAGGGCAGCACCUCUGCAUGAGCAGUCCAUUCACCCUCUCCCUCGCCUCGUUGUCCUUUAAAAGGAUGAGGCCUCCGAGAACACAGCCUUAGCCCCAGAGGUUGGAGGGAGGUUGACAGGCAGCAGGAUGUCAGCUGGAAGACCCAGUCACCGGUUGUGGCUCAGUGACCAUGUUUCCCCCCCACCAGGCCUGCCUUUCUAGGAUGUUGUCUUGAGCAGAGCAGUCUGCCAUGGGAGUGGGAGAGGGCUGUUUGCUGAACCCUCCAGGCACCUCCAGAGGCCAAAAGGCAAGCACACAUGCUCAGACCUCUCCCCUCCCCUCCCCCUCCACUCCCGUCUGUCUCUCACCCAGCACCUGGGGAGAAUGGUGCUACCUAGGAAGAGUGCACAUGGAUAAAACACACAUGAAGGAGGUGGGACUUCCUGCGCUCCUUAUUUCCCGCUGCUAAAAUUGCACUAUUUAUUGCAAUGUACGAAGAAUCCUGGGUGGGGUGGGGAGGAGUGUUCAAUACACAAUGCCAGUGCAUCUUCUUGUUUGGUGUAUUUUUUUCCUGUUUGUGGCAAAAGCCUGAUAGUUCUAGUUCUGUUUCUGAUCACCCUGUCCAGUAUUUUGUUCUCCCAACAAGUGUUGCUGUUUCCUCUGUGCACACUACCUCUCCGGCCAGUGAGAUUCUGGCAAAGCUCCCUGCAGCUGCUCCUUCCCUCCCAAUGACAGUGACAUGAAAACGCUCUAUAAAUAGCAAGACCUCAGCUAGCCUCUGAGUCCAUGGCGAGAUUCCUGUUCCCUUUGGUCAUAGAUUAGGGGGUUGAGAACUAGGGUUAACCUUGGAGAACUUCCUGCCUUUUCUGUGUGUGCAAGGGUUCCUUUAAGUGGUUCAAUUGUUUCAUUUUUAUGAAGAUUUUGGGAGAGAACGAAAAUCAUAAAGCUCAGAACCCUGAGGGAUUCUCCAGCCUGGCUGUUAAGAAUCCAAAUGAGGUUUUUAAAACUAUAUGCCAGAGUGCUGCCCUGGUGAGUGGUGUAGAAGGUGGAGCCUGGCAUGGCAUCUAAGAGGGGUGGGCUGGGAAAGUGUUGCCAAAACAUGAGUUAUUAUUCAUUGAGAUAAAGGAUCUGGUUUUCCCAGUGUAUUAUAAAACAUACAAUUUGCCUGUCGGUGUGGCUCAAUGUUUGAGUGUUGACCCAUGACCAAGGGGGUCAUAGUUCAAUUGCCGGUCAGGGCAUAUGCCUGGGUUGUGGGCUCGGUCCCCACAAUGCUAAAGCUCAGUGUAGGGUGUACAGGAGGCAGCUGAUCAAUGAUUCUAAUCAUUGAUGUUUUUGUCUCUCUUCCUCUCAGAAGUCAAAAAUAUAUUUAAAAACAAACAAAUAUAAAGGCAGAAAUUCUUACUGCCUUUGCACUGAAAGGCUAGACAAAAA